GGGAGGAGAGAGGACUGCGGAGAGCCGGAGAGGGAAAGGGGAGGGGAAGAAGGAAAACCCCUGUCAAGGAGGUGGAGCGAGGGGCUGGUGUCCGCCUCCUGUUCCUCCCUGCCGUCUUUUAGAGGAGUCUGAACCGGGACAAAACCCGCCGAGACCGACAGACACAAAGCCGGGGGGGUCCACGCUGGCGCUGGAGGCGAGCCCCGGCGGCCGCGAGCGAGCCCGAGGCGCUGCUGGGCGCGGGGCGCGGGGGCGCUAGCGGGCGCGGGCCGAGCCGGGGCCGGGCACCUCGGCCGCUCGGGCCGCGGCGGCGGGGACCAUGCCGAGGAAAGUCUCCUGAGCCCGGCAACUUCGGCCCCUCCCCGCCCCCACCCGGGCUGCCCUCCGCGCGGCCCUUCCCAUGUGCAGCCGGGCGGCCGGGCUCUCCUCCUCGCAGGCGGAUGGGUGACCUUUUUCUGGCACGGGCAGGCUGUGCGAGGCGGCGGAGCAGGCGAUGAAGAAGAAGCAGCAGCAUCCCGGCGGCGGCGCGGAUCCCUGGCCCCAUGGGGCCCCUCUGGGGGGCGCCCCUCCAGGCCUGGGCAGCUGGAAGCGCCGGGUCUCCCUGCUGCCUUUCCUGCGCUUCUCCCUCCGGGACUACGGCUUCUGCAUGGCCACCCUGCUGGUCUUCUGCCUGGGCUCCCUCUUCUAUCAGCUCAGCGGCGGACCCCCUCGCUUCCUGCUCGACCUGCGGCAGUAUUUGGGAAAUUCCACUUACUUGGAUGAUCAUGGACCGCCUCCUAGUAAGGUGCUACCUUUCCCCAGCCAGGUGGUGUACAACAGAGUAGGCAAGUGUGGGAGUCGUACUGUGGUCUUGCUUCUGAGAAUCUUGUCGGAAAAGCACGGAUUCAAUUUGGUCACGUCAGACAUUCACAACAAAACCAGGCUUACUAAAAAUGAACAAAUGGAACUGAUUAAAAAUAUAAGUACUGCCGAACAGCCCUAUUUAUUCACUCGACAUGUUCAUUUCCUCAACUUCUCAAGGUUUGGAGGAGACCAGCCUGUCUAUAUCAACAUCAUUAGAGACCCCGUCAGCCGGUUUUUAUCUAACUAUUUUUUCCGUCGAUUUGGAGACUGGAGAGGGGAACAGAAUCACAUGAUCCGCACCCCCAGCAUGAGGCAGGAGGAGCGCUACCUGGAUAUCAAUGAGUGCAUUCUUGAGAACUAUCCUGAGUGUUCCAACCCCAGAUUAUUUUACAUCAUUCCAUAUUUUUGUGGACAGCAUCCCAGAUGCAGGGAGCCUGGCGAGUGGGCCCUUCAAAGAGCAAAACUGAACGUGAAUGAAAACUUCCUGCUUGUGGGAAUUCUCGAAGAGCUGGAAGAUGUGCUGCUUUUACUGGAAAGAUUUUUACCUCAUUACUUCAAGGGUGUGCUCAGUAUCUACAAAGACCCAGAGCAUAGGAAGCUUGGAAAUAUGACUGUGACCGUGAAGAAGACUGUCCCCUCCCCCGAGGCCGUGCAGAUUCUCUACCAGCGAAUGAGAUACGAGUAUGAGUUCUACCACUAUGUCAAAGAGCAGUUCCACCUGCUGAAGCGCAAGUUUGGACUGAAGUCCCACGUCAGCAGCCCCCCUCUGAGGCCCCAGUUCUUUAUUCCAACUCCACCAGAAACCGAGGAGCCAAUCGAUGACGAGGACCAAGAUGACGAGAAGUGGCUAGAAGAUAUUUAUAAGAGGUGAUGCCAGCAGUGUGUUGCCUCCACUGGCCAUGUCUCCCUUUUCCAGAAAGUUCUUUUGUCCAGGGGGAAAUCCUUAAGGGACUAAAUGGAUGCUCGGCUGCAUUAAAAAGAGCAAAACAUUCCCACAUGUUGGGGGUCACGGGAAGAUGCCCGGUUUUGCGGGUCUUACUUGUCUAGCGGCGUUGUGUCUUCCUGGCCCUUGGGUCCUUUCCCAGGUACACUAGAUGGCACCAUCACUGGGCAUCCCAUCAUAACAUAGCUAUUCCCUCUAGCAUAAUGAGAGGAGGGGGAGAAAUAGAGCCCAUAGCCCAGUAAUUUAUCAUUUGUAAAAUGACUUGUAAAAAUAUUACCUCAGUGGUAGGAAACAUCCAGACAUACCUAUUUCAGUAGAAAUACAAAACCACUUCAGAGACCAGCGAAUCCACUCUAGAAGGAUCUAAGAGGAGAAAAGAUAAGACUGGUAAGGACCUCAAAAGGGAGGAUGCCCCUGGAUGAGUAGUUUCCACCCCCAUGGGUAGAAUUCCGCCUCUGGUCCAUCUCAGGGGACACUUUCACCAAGAGCAGUGUACUUAUCUCUGAAAGAACGAGUCAGCUGGGGCCACAUUCAACCCAUCCAGAGCCUUGAAUACCUUUCAAGGUCAAGGAACACGGCAAGCUCCAUUGAGACUCUCUUUCCAAGCACCAUUCUGACAGAUUUCCAAGUAGCGUAGCAGGGAAAAGAAUUUGUUUGCCAUGUAAGGAAGAGUGUAGGCGAGACAGACCAACACUGGAGGUCACAGGACAUCAGGAAAAUGGUCUGGUUGUGUUCUUUGCACCCACUAUGAAACAUGUCUCUCCCCAGCAUUGCUUUCACUGGAAACCCAGAAACACUUAAGCUCUGGCAUUUGAGGGCUAUGGACAGAAGUUCUAAGCCUGACCACAGACGCUGCAUAAUCUACCAGGCACAGCCCUGACCCAGUUGGGUCCCACAGUCACAGGCAUCUUUCACCUUUGGUCCCUUGAGAGGUACCUGGUUUGGGUAAAAAAGGGGUCCUGAGUUCUACACAGGCUGUUGUAAAACCGCAGUCCCAUUUCUUAGGGAAGCAGCUCUUUCCUGAGAACCUUAGUAAGACAGCAAGAAGAGAAGAAGCAAGAGCUUCUGGUGAGCAAUGGCCAGCUCUCUGAGUAGGUGUCUCCCCACCAAGUGGUCUUCCACAUAGCUGUGGGGCAGUUCCUUUGCUCCAAAUUUCCCUUCUCCCCAUUUCUCUACCAACAUCUUGCCACGUCUUCAGAUCUCAUGGGUCACCAAGAGCAGUGUACUUAUCUCUGAAAGAACGAGUUGAAGAACAUUGAAGUUUUCAUCUUCAACGGCUGCCUCCUCCCCAGCCCUGGAUAUACAUACCUUCCUGCCUGGAUAACUGCCGGCCAAGCAAGAAGCAGGGGUGCAGGUGGCGAUGGGAGGCAGGAUACUUGGGUCAGAUUUUGUCUCCUUCGUGUUUUUUCCCCUAGAGCCAGCCCUCUCGGAGCCCUAGCAAAGUGUGAGUCGGGAACACUUAACAGUAAAUAAGACUGACUUUACACAAGCUACACAUUUUCUACUUUGGAGAAACCAACAAGUCUCUCUAGAGUUUUUUCUUCAUUCACUAAAACUGGGAAGUUGCCAAAAUAGAAAGCAAGUCCUUUGGGAUCUGUCGAGUGAGCAGUAAAGCUACUUAAUCGUGAGAUGCACAGUGAAGGCUCGGACCACAGAGGCACCAAACCCAGCACUUGGCCACUGGUGGGCUCCUUUCUGCCUCAGAGAACUGGAGCAGAGUCAUGCUUGAGAAAAAUGUUCUUAGAAGAGGAAAUAUCCUUUGUCCUGUGGAGAGAGACAAGGGCCCUACCAUUAGGCCUACCUUAAAAAGCAACACAGAGAACAGCUGUCCUGUUAAAAACAAAAACAGGAAUGACUGCCUGGUACAGGGUGAGGCAUUUCUAUGAAAUUGCAUCUAGAGAAUGAUAAUUACUGGUUUACACAAAGUGCAAGUUGACUCCCUGAACAUAAAAUCGAAUCGGCUUCGUGGUCUGUGUCUUUGUCAGAACAUCAGGACCACUGGCCAUCUUAACAAGGUGUCAUUCUCUUGGGAGUUCCCACGAGCCCUUCCACCUGGGUGAGGCAUUUAUGGCCAGCAGCGCUCCUGAUAACAUCCCAGCAAAAGAAGCUGACGGAUUCACUUGUAGGGCCUUACUGUUACUUUGUCCCAACAAAUAGCCUCUAAGUCCUAAAAGUUAAGGCACUCAUCACUUUAUUGGCACACAUGACAUUUCUUUGGCCCUGAGCCCAACGCAGUCUGUACUUCAUGAAAUAUAUUGUACAUUUUACAUAGUUUAAUUUAAAAAAAAAAUACAUUUUAAGCUGGUUGAUCUUUGACUGCCUUAUUUAUUAUAACCUUUCAGCACAUUCCAAGGUUUUAGUUACUCAGGAAGGAGUUAAUUAAAAUGAUUUUUAUUUUGGUCUGAUGGAUGUUUUUUAAAAGGAAAAUUAUUAUGAACCUUCAGCCUACUUUCCUGGAGUGCCGUAAAAGUGCUUGUAAAUCUCUCUCUCUCUUUUUUUUUUAAGAAGAAGAAAGAAAAAAAUGGUGUUUGACAUGGAUGGAAACUCAAAAAUAUAUAUGGAACUGAAACAUUAGCUUAGCUAAAAUAAAAGCAAUCUGUGUUUGA